AUGGCUCUUCAUCAAUUUCCCACUUCUAGUCAGACAAGUCGUUUCUUUGAACGAGUCUCUUGUAAUUUCAAUCCUUCAUUUAUGCCUCGAAUCGUUAAAGCAAUCAGUGUUACGACAAGAAUAAUGUGUAGUCGGACCAUUGUACGACGGUCGGGAAAUUAUCAACCUCCUAUUUGGAAACAUGAGUUCAUUCAAUCUUUGAGGAGCGAAUUUGCGGAAGAGAUAUAUGUAGGACGCUUCAAUGAGUUAAAAAGAGAAAUACGACUCAUCAUUAACCAAAUAAUUGAUGAUCCACUAAGGCAACUUGAGCUCGUUGAUACAUUACAACGACUUGGCAUCUCAUAUCAUUUUGAGAAUGAGAUUAAGAAUGUGUUGAAAACAGCGUUCGAGAAGAGCUAUGAAAACGAUUAUUGGAAAAAGAAGAAUCUCUAUGCUACAUCACUUGAAUUUCGACUUCUAAGACAACAUGGAUUCAAUCUUUCACAAGAUGUUUUCAAUAACUUCUACUCGGAUGAGACAAAAAGUUUUAGCACACAAUUGUACGAGGAGUUAAAUGGAAUAUUAUGUUUGCACGAAGCCUCAUUCUUAAGUAUAGAAGGCGAGAAUAUUUUAGAGACGGCAAAACAUUUUACAUUGGAAUAUUUAGAAAAAUACAUAAAAUCAAGCAAGGAUGAAAAUGAAGUAGCCAUUGUUAGACAUGCAUUGGAGCUUCCCUUACAUUGGAGAAUGCCAAGAUUGGAGACAAGAUGGUUCAUUGAUAUCUAUGAGAGAAAAGUGGAUAUGAAUCCUAUUCUUCUUGAAUUUGCUAAACUUGAUUUCAAUAAGGUGCAAUCGAUCCACCAACAAGAUUUGAAAUAUGCAUCAAGUUGGUGGAGAAGCACCGGAUUUGGAGAAAAGUUGAGCUUUGCAAGAGAUAGAGUGAUGGAAAAUUUCUUAUGGACAGUAGGUUUUGGAUAUGAACCUGAAUUCUCAUUUUAUAGAAGAAUGGCCACAAAAAUUAAUGCAUUCAUAACAACAAUUGAUGAUGUUUAUGAUGUCUAUGGCACAUUAGAUGAACUCCAACUCUUUACCGACGCAAUUGAGAGGUGGGAUGUUGAUGCAUUGGACCAGCUUCCUGACUAUAUGAAAAUAUGUUUUCUUGCUCUCCACAAUUCUAUAAAUGAGAUGGCCUUUGAAGUAUUAAGAGACAAAGGAAUUAAUGUCAUCCAAUACCUUAAGAAAGCAUGGGUAGAUUUGUGCAAAAGUUACAUGUUGGAGGCAAAAUGGUACCACACUAAUUAUAAACCAACAUUGGAAGAAUAUUUAGAUAAUGCAUGGAUAUCAAUAUCAGGACCAGUUGUAUUAGUUCAUGCAUAUGUUUUUGUUACAACUCCAACACUUGAAAAUAUGGAGAGUUUGAAACAAUAUGUUGAUGUGAUUCGUUGGUCAUCAACAAUUUUACGACUUGCAGAUGAUCUCGGAACUUCGUCGGAUGAAUUAGCAAGAGGUGAUGUUCCAAAAUCGAUACAAUGUUACAUGAACGAUACAGGAAGCUCAGAGAGUGACGCUCGUAAACAUAUAAGGCAUUUGAUUGAUGAGACAUGGAAGAAACUGAAUAAGGUUCAAGUCCAAAAUUCUAUCUUUCCUCAAGUGUUCAUCGAGAGAGCUAAGAAUGUUGCCAGAACAGCUCAAUUCAUGUAUCAAUAUGGUGAUGGACAUGGCAUAGGACACCAAGAAACAAAAGAUCGUGUAAUGUCUCUACUUAUUCAACAGAUUUCUAUUCAUCCCUAUUGUGAAAAGUUGCUAAAGGUUAUUUAG